AUGCCCGGAGCCCUGGGCUGUGCUGGGAAUGCUGGGGACACGUCAGAAGAAGUCCUGGGGCUGCACGUGGCCGGGCCUCCCCACAUGUCCCUUGCCUGCUCCCUGCAACACGGGAGGAGCUGCAACGUCCCCAUCGCCAUCCUGGGGCUCGCGCACAAGUGCAAUGAGUUUGCUGCUUCCCAGUGCGGCAUUGUCCUGGGAGCUCUGCUCCUCAUUUUCUGUUCUUGGAUGACUCAUCAAUCCUGCAUGUUCCUGGUGAAGUCGGCCAACCUCAGCAAGCGCAGGACCUACCCCGGCCUUGCAUUUCACGCCUAUGGAAAAGCAGGGAAAAUGUUGGUGGAAACAAGCAUGAUUGGGCUCAUGUUAGGAACUUGCAUUGCUUUCUACGUCGUCAUUGGUGACCUGGGGUCCAACUUCUUUGCCCGGCUGCUUGGGUUUCAGGUGUCUGGCAGCUUCCGGAUAGUCCUGCUCUUCGCUGUCUCCCUGUGCAUUGUCCUCCCGUUGAGCCUCCAGAGGAACAUGAUGGCUUCCAUACAGUCCUUCAGCGCCAUGGCUCUCAUCUUUUACACUGUUUUCAUGUUUGUGAUCGUGCUCUCCUCGUUCAAGCACGGCCUCUUCAGCGGGCAGUGGCUGCAGCGGGUCAGCUACACUCGCUGGGAGGGCAUUUUGCGCUGCAUCCCCAUCUUCGGCAUGUCUUUUGCCUGCCAGUCUCAGGUCUUGCCUACCUAUGACAGCUUGGACGAGCCAUCUGUUAAAAUCAUGAGCUCCAUAUUUGCUUCUUCCCUAAAUGUGGUCACCACCUUUUAUAUUACGGUUGGCUUCUUCGGCUACGUGAGCUACACCGAAGCCAUCGCUGGGAACGUCCUCAUGAACUUCCCUUCCAACCUCGUGACGGAGAUGAUCCGAGUGGGAUUCAUGAUGUCGGUGGCGGUGGGGUUUCCCAUGAUGAUCCUGCCCUGCAGACAGGCGCUCAACACCCUUCUCUUCGAGCAGCAGCAAAAAGACGGGACCUUUGCUGCUGGGGGUUACAUGCCCCCCCUUCGGUUUAAAGCCCUCACGCUGGCUGUUGUCUUUGGAACCAUGGUCGGAGGCAUCAUGAUCCCCAAUGUGGAAACAGUCCUGGGCCUCACAGGUGCAACGAUGGGGAGCCUCAUCUGCUUCAUCUGCCCCGCUCUCAUUUACAAGAAGAUCCACAAGAAUGUCCUUUGCUCACAGAUGAUCCUGUGCAUCGGGCUGGGGAUCCUGGUUCUCAGCACCUACACCACGCUGUCCGCCUCCGAGGACACCCCUGCGAGGACGGAAGCGGAGGGCCCGCAGCGCCUGGAAGGAGAAGAGACCAGGAUGGACCAGGAUUCCGUCAAAAUCCCAGACCAGCAGCCGGCCGUGGAGGAGGCCCAGGACGACCGCGACAAACCGAAGCUGCCGGAUGAGAAGGAGGAGAUGGAGCAGCCGCAGAUCAAGGUGCCCAUGGAGGUACCCAAGAGAGACGAAGAAGGGGAGAAGCUACAGGAGCAAGUGCAGCUUGACCGCCCCGAUCAAGAGGCCGCCAACGACCCGCAGGAGCCGGCCGAGCCGCGUCCCGGGAAGGAGGCGCCCGGCCCGAAACAAGGGCUGGAAGAGGAGCGGCCGCGGGGAGGGACCGUGGAGCCCGCCGGGAACGCGCGCAGCGAGCUGGAGGUGAGCGUGCAGCAGGGCGGCGGGAUGCAGCCGGAGAACCGCGCGCCGGAGCCCAAAGCGCAGCCGGACGGCGCCGAGAGGGCCGAGGCUGCGGGCGCCGAGGAGAAACCAAAGCUGCAGCCGCCGCCGCAAGCAGAGGAGGCCGUGGAGGAGGAGGCUGAUCCUGAAGCGGAGCAGCCCAAACUGCUUGAUCAUGCCGUGCUGCUGCAGGUGAUCAAAGAGCAGCAGGUGCAGCAAAAGCAGCUACUUGAUCAGCAAGCCAAGCUGCUGGCCGUCAUUGAGGAGCAGCACAAGGAGAUCCACCAGCAGCGGCAGGAGGAGGGCGCGGAGGAGAAGCCCAAGCAAGCAGAAGCGCAGCAGGAGCCGCUGCCCCGGAGCAGGGAGGAGGCCGGCCCGGGAGGCCGCGCGGAGGCCGCCGCGGAGCCGCACGAGGAGCCUGGGCCCCGGCGCCACCUUCCCGGGCCGCCCCCCAAGGACGUGGAGGUGCCACAGGAGGACACGGGCGGAGCUGUUAAAAAGGCAGCAGAGAACGAGGUUCCCCGUCCUGGCGAUGCCCAGCGCCUUCCCGCAGCCAGAAACCACCUAGAAAAGAAGCCCUUGGCAGAGAAUUUGGGAGGUCACGAAGCCAACGCUGGACGAGACGUCCGUGAGAAAAAUGUCCCGCAAGUUGCGGAAGCAGCUACAGCUCCCGUCCAAAGAGAACAGUUAGGGGCUGCCAAAGUUCAGGGAGCAGCAGGGAGGAGUCUGGAAAGAGACGCGGGGACAGACCUUAAAGCCAAAGCGCUGGGCGAGAUGGAGGCCAAGGAGGCGGCGCGGGGCUCCCCGAGCAGUCGGCCCGUAGCCGGCACCGCACGGGGCCACGGGGCGCCCGGCAGAGCGGAUCCAAGGAAGGAGGACGCGGACCUGCCCCGGGAGCCUCCGGAGCAGCCCCAGGGCAAGCAGAGCCGGGCGGGCGGGAGCCUCUCCAGGGAGGCUGGGAAGAAGCCGGACGCUGAGGACGCUGCAGCCCAAAAGCCUGAGGAAGGAGCGGCUGCCCACGGGGACCACCCGGAGCACGAUGUCAAAGCCAACCGGGACCUGAAGCU